GUAAUCCAUGAAAACUAUUAGCCAAUUAACAGAUAAAUUCUUUAUGUUUACAUUCAAUUUGUCAAAACAAUUGCAGAAAAAGACUCCUUCUUUGUUUAUAUACCACAUGUUAUUUAAUAAUCAGCAAGAAAGGACACACAGAAAAUUAUUAUUAUAUGUUAUUUCUUUUGAUAAUAAUGACAUAUGUUCGGAGUUCACUUCAUUGCUGUUAUAGCAAGCUUGACUGCUUUUGCUGCUGCCAAUAAGCAUACAGAUUCUAGUAGAAUUGGUCGAGACACUCAAAUACCAAAUAAGAAACUUUCUGCUAGCUAUAGUUCUGAAUAUUUUGUAGCCUCUACUACUGCAAGUUUUAUGAUUAUCGGUAGUUCUUUGGUAUCAAGUGAUCGUAUUUUGUCUGUAAAGUCAUCUAUUUCUAGUAAUGGUUGUAGAGAAAAGCAUCUUCAAACGUUGGGAAGACUUUGUAAAAAUUGGACAUACUUUAAUUAUGCAAACUUAUUCUUUUAACUAAAAAUAUAUGUUUCUUCGAACGUUUGCAGAUGAUGAUAUCACAAGAUGUCUUAACAAGAUUUUUUUUUUUUUUAAACGAAAGCCAGACUUUUGC